AUCAAGCGUUUUUGUAUGGGGAGAGCAUCGCUACUCCAGAGAACGAAGAUUUAUUUUCUGAAGGUUGGUCGUUUAUUGGUCGAAAACGUGAUGACUAUGACUUCGAAUGGGAGUCAUUUGUUGGAAACAUCAAGAAGUGUAUCUUGUGGUACAUUUGCCAUGUGCUUUUAUCGGAAGUCGUUCGUCAACUGAAACCACGUGGUGUGUGCUUCAUUCAUGCCGUCGUUGGUAUUUUAUUCGUGCUAUCAAACUUCAAGCCAAUUGUAUUUGGUGCCAUGUUUUUGGUGGUAUUUUCGUAUUAUGUGACAAUGUUGGUGGGAAAGCGGUACGUUUGGAUGUUAACCAUGAUUUGGUUGGUGAUCUUGAAUAAUCUCAAGCACGGUGCGUGGAAAGAAGGACUCAGAUUAUUUCUGAGCGAAAGAGAAAUUUAUAAUGUCGACAUUUCAAUUGCAUGGUUGGUGCUACGAGUGACCAGUUUUUCCAUCGACUAUUGCAAUGCACCGGAACAAAUACACGAUUCAUUUUCAACAAUCAACUAUUUGGCGUACGCAUUUUAUUUGCCGAUGUAUGUGCAUGGGCCUCCACUAAUCUACGAACGAUAUGCGAAAAUGAUACCGAAAAAUCGAUUUCGUCCCAUUAAAGAAUUGAUGUGUCGACUGAGCGAACUGUUUCUAUCACUGCUUCGCAUUGGAUUUAUAUACUGUCUAAACGAAAUUUGUAUGCAUUACAUCUAUGCCACUGUCAUUAUCUACAAUCCCGAUCAAAUAGCACACAUGGAUUGCUGGACACUCUACGGAUUUGGUUAUGCAAUGGGCCAAUACUUUUGUAACAAGUACAUGGUUUUAUAUGGAUUUGGAUUGGCUUUGGCCAAAUUUGAUCGGAUCGAUGCACAGCGAAAGCCAAUGUGUAUCGGACGAAUUCAUUUGUAUUCGAAAAUGUGGAAGAAUUUUGAUCGAGGCAUUUAUGACUUUUUGUUCAAGCACAUUUAUGCAGAAUUAUGUACCAAAACAUCGUCGGUGCCACGAAAAUUGGUUGCUAGUUGUGUAUCGUUUGCAUUUAUUUAUCUUUGGCAUGGAUUUCACACCGGAUUUUUACUUGGCUGGGUGCUCAUGAAUUUGACAUUUUUAUACAUCGAGCAAUUGGGAAGACAUAUCGCACAGAGUGAAACGUACAACAGAGUUUUGAAACCGAUUGGCAGCAAUAAUAUACAACGAUUGAACACAGCACUGGGCGCUCAAUUGACUAUCGUCACAACGAUUUUAAAUAUUACGUUUAUCGGUGGGUUAAGCGUUGGCAAAUGGAUUGUGACCCACGUUUAUUUUACUGGCGGUUUCUUGAAUUAUAUUAUUAUAAGCAUCACCGCAUAUAAUGUCUUUCAAGUAUCAGCUUUCAUAUUCAAAUGCGAAAAAAUGACAAGAAAUUAG